GAACCGUAACUGGGAUAAGUUUCACACCCGCCCACCUGAACCAGGCAUAAAAAAUCAAAACAAGAGACUGAUUGACGUUAAUUGACACAUUCGAAAAGUUAUUUUAGGCUUUUUUAGUUAAAGGAAAUAAUGCAAUAGAGCAGUACCUGUUCGAGUACUUAGAACGCACAAUCCCGUAAACAUGGUCAUCCUGCAGCUGGAGGAGCAACCCCUUGUGAUACAAGCAAUAUUCGCUGGGAUUGUGGACGAGGUGGAGGACCUGAUGGUGCACCCCGAGUACAUAAAUUGCAUCGAUUGUAAAAAACGCACCCCAUUGCACGCCGCUGCAUAUACAGGAAACUCUCAAAUAGCCUUCAUUUUGCUGGAACAUGGGGCCCGAGUUAAUGCCAAGGACUUCCGAUGGGUUACACCCCUUCACAGGGCUUGUGCAGUCAAUGCAGACGAGACUGUGGAUGUUUUGCUGAAAUACGAAGCUGAUGUUUGCGCGCGUGACAAGCUUUGGCAAACUCCACUGCAUAUAGCGGCUGCCUAUGAUGCGUACAAUUGUAUCGAUAAGCUACUGGGGGUUGUACCGAACCCUAACAUAACUGACCGGUCAGGAUGGACGGCUUUGCACCACGCGGCUUUCAAUGGAAAUACCUUUUCCUCCGAGCUACUGAUCAACCGGGGAUGCAUUGUUAACGCCUGCGACAAGCGAGACUACAGGCCUCUGCACUGUGCAGUCCAGAUGGGACACAGUGACACAGUCGAGCUGCUUCUCCGUUACGGGGCCGAUAUUAACGCAAAGGACCGAAACCAGUACACUCCUCUUCAUGUAGCUGUGGCUGGGGGCUUGGAUAGCGUGGCGCGGCUGCUGUUGAGCUCAGGGGCCGAAGUGAACGCCCAAAACGCCUACGGCAACACCCCGAUGCACGUCGCCUGCCUGAAUGGGCAUCUGGAAUGCUGCCAAGAACUAGCCAGUUCGGGCGCUGAUUUGGAAGCAGUUAAUUUUCGCGGACAAGCGCCCUUACAUGUAGCCGCUGCCUCUAAGGAUGGAGUGGACUGUUUGGCCUUUCUGUUGGAGAACGGAGUGAACAUCAACCGAUGCAGCAACGACGGCCGGACGCCCCUACACAUGACGGCGAUUCACGGCAGAUUUACCAGGAGCAAAACCCUGAUCGAUCAUGGCGCUUUGAUAGAUUGCGCCGAUAAAAAUGGGUCGACGCCCCUGCACAUCGCUGCCCAGUACGGGCAUGAUAUUCUAGCUAAUACUCUGCUAAGCUUUGGAGCGAGCCCGACGAGAAAAGGGUAAAGAUCGGAAUGAGAAGCA